CUCUUCACCUAUCUCUCUCUCUCUCUCUCUCUCUCUCUUCCAACAUGGCGGCGGGGGCUGGGGAAGAGCAGUUCCCGUUCCAAGGGCUCCUGCCUAAGAAGGAGACCGGCGCUGCUUCCUUCCUCGCCCGGUACCCGGAGUAUGACGGACGGGGAGUCUUAAUGGCCAUUUUGGACACGGGUGUGGACCCCGGAGCGCCGGGCAUGCAGAUUACAACUGAUGGAAAACCCAAGAUAAUUGACAUAAUAGAUACAACAGGCAGUGGUGAUGUAAACACCUCAACUGUUACAGAACCAAAAGAUGGAGAAAUCAUUGGUCUUUCAGGAAGAACUCUGAAGGUCCCAACAGAUUGGAUAAAUCCUUCUGGAAAGUAUCACAUUGGCUUAAAAAAUGGUUAUGACAUCUAUCCUAAAGCGCUUAAAGAAAGAAUCCAGAAAGAACGCAAGGAGAAGCUUUGGGAUCCUGCUCACAGAUUGGCACUAGCAGAAGCUUGUAGGAAACAAGAGGAAUUUGAAGCCGCUCACAGCACUCCAUCACAGGAAAGCAAACUAAUGAAGGAAGAGUUUCAAAGUCAAGUGGAAUUACUAAAUUCUUUUGAGAAAAAAUACAGUGAUCCUGGCCCAGUAUAUGAUUGCUUGGUUUGGCAUGAUGGUGAAACCUGGAGAGCUUGCAUAGAUUCAAGUGAAACAGGUGAUUUUUCUAACUGCACUGUUCUGCGGAACUACAAAGAAGGUCAAGAAUAUGGAUCUUUUGGCACAUCAGAGAUGUUGAAUUAUUCUGUCAAUAUUUAUGAUGAUGGGAACCUUCUCUCAAUUGUGACCAGUGGAGGAGCACAUGGAACACAUGUUGCUUGCAUAGCUGCUGGAUAUUUCCCAGAUGAACCUGAUCGGAAUGGUGUGGCCCCAGGUGCACAAAUUCUUGCAAUAAAGAUUGGUGAUACAAGAUUGAGCACCAUGGAAACAGGCACUGGCCUUAUAAGAGCUAUGAUAGAAACAAUAAAAUACAAGUGUGACCUUGUCAACUAUAGUUAUGGAGAAGCAACUCACUGGCCAAAUGCUGGGAGAAUAUGUGAAGUAAUUAAUGAAGCAGUAUGGAAACAUAAUGUAAUCUAUGUUUCAAGCGCUGGGAACAAUGGCCCUUGUUUGUCUACUGUUGGAUGUCCAGGUGGAACUACAUGUAGUGUGAUUGGUGUUGGUGCUUACGUAUCACCUGACAUGAUGGUUGCUGAGUACUCACUGAGAGAGAAGCUACCUGCAAAUCAGUACACUUGGUCAUCUCGAGGGCCUAGUACUGAUGGAGCCCUGGGAGUGAGUAUCAGUGCCCCUGGAGGUGCUAUUGCAUCUGUCCCAAACUGGACCUUACGAGGGACGCAGCUUAUGAACGGUACCUCGAUGUCUUCACCUAAUGCAUGUGGUGGCAUUGCGUUGGUACUGUCAGGUCUCAAGGCUAAUAAUGUGCAUUACACUGUUCAUUCCGUCAGGAGAGCUCUAGAAAAUACUGCAACAAAAGUGGAAAACAUACAUGUAUUUGCCCAGGGGCAUGGUAUUAUUCAGGUUGAUAAAGCCUAUGACUACCUCAUUCAGAAUACAUCAUUUGCUAACAGUAUCGGUUUCACUGUUAGUGUUGGCAACAACCGUGGUAUCUACCUCAGAGAUCCAGUUCAGGUAGCUGCACCUUCUGACCAUGGUGUUGGCAUAGAACCGUUCUUCCCUGAGAAUACAGAAAAUACUGACAGAAUAUCCCUCCAGUUGCAUCUGGCUUUAACUUCAAGUGCAUCCUGGGUUCAGUGCCCUACUCAUCUGGAGCUCAUGAAUCAGUGUAGGCAUAUUAACAUUCGUGUGGACCCACGUGGCCUACGAGAAGGAGUUCACUAUACAGAGGUGUGUGGUUAUGAAAUAUCAAUGCCUAAUGCAGGUCCUUUGUUUAGAGUUCCAGUAACUGUGGUUAAAACGGCAAAGACAGAUGAAGCUUCAUGCUAUGAUCUCAAAUUUACUAGUGUUCAUUUUAAACCUGGUGAAAUCCAAAGGCAUUUUAUUGAAGUUCCUUCUGGAGCAACAUGGGCUGAAGUAACAGUAUGCUCAUCAUCAUCAGAUGUGACUGCCAAGUUUGUCCUCCAUGCUGUUCAGCUAGUAAAGCAAAAGGCAUACCGAAGCCAUGAGUUCUACAAGUUUUCUUCAAUACCAGAAAAAGGAUCAAUUACGGAAGCAUUUCCUGUUUUAGGUGGAAAGACAAUUGAAUUCUGUAUUGCCCGUUGGUGGGCAAGCCUCAAUGAUGUCAGCAUUGAUUACACAAUUUCCUUCCAUGGCAUAGUUUGCACUGCUUCUCAGUUAAAUAUUCAUGCUUCUGAAGGCAUUGUGCGCUUUGAUGUUCUAUCAACGCUGAGAUAUGAAGAUAUUGCUCCUUGCAUAAAUCUCAAAAAUUGGGUUCAAACACUGAGACCGCUGAGUACUAAAAUAAAGCCACUAGGAUCACGAGAUGUUUUGCCAAAUAAUCGACAAUUGUAUGAGCUGAUUUUGACAUAUAGCUUCCAUCAGCCAAAGAGUGGGGAAGUUACACCAAGUUGUCCUCUGCUCUGUGAACUGUUGUAUGAAUCUGAAUACGACAGCCAAUUGUGGAUUAUCUUUGACCAGAAUAAAAAACAGAUGGGGUCAGGAGAUGCCUAUCCUCACCAGUAUUCAGUGAAACUGGAGAAAGGAGAUUAUACAGUUCGGCUACAGAUCCGUCAUGAGCAGAGCAGUGAACUUGAUCGUCUCAAAGAUCUUCCAUUUAUCAUCUCUCAUAGACUGUCUAGUGCACUGAGUUUAGAUAUUUAUGAAAGCCAUAGCCAAGCUCUUCUAGGGAAAAAGAAGGCAAACAGCAUGUCCUUGCCACCGAAACACAGCCAGCCCUUUUUUGUUACAUCUUUACCAGAUGACAAAGUGCCUAAAGGAGCAGGUCCAGGUUGUUACCUUGGAGGAUCACUGACCCUUUCAAAGACAGAGCUUGGAAAGAAAGCGGGGCAGUCUGCAGCAAAGCGACAAGGAAAGUUUAAAAAGGAUGUAAUUUCAGUUCACUAUCAUCUAAUUCCAUCACCAACAAAAAAUAAGAAUGGCAGCAAGGAAAAAGAGAAGGAUCCAGAGAAAGAAAAAGAUGCAAAAGAAGAAUUUAUUGAGGCUUUAAGAGACCUGAAAAUACAAUGGAUGACUAAGCUUGAUACUAAUGACAUCUACAAUGAACUGAAAGAAGCAUUUCCUAAUCAUCUCCCCUUGUAUGUUGCGAGACUUCAUCAGUUGGAUUCUGAAAAGCAGGAACGAAUGAAAAGACUGAACGAAGUUGUUGAGGCUGCCAAUACAGUUAUCUCGCAUAUCGAUCAAACAGCCCUUGCCAUUUAUCUUGGCAUGAAGACUGAUCCUAGGCCUGACGCUGCUACUAUUAAAAAUGAAAUGGACAAGCAGAAAUCGACAUUAGUCGAUGCUCUCUGUCGGAAAGGAAGUGCCUUGGCAGACCAGCUCCUGCAGUUGCAGGCCCAAGAAGGGGCUGUAUCUGGUGAGACAGAAAGUAAGGACGAAGGUCAGGAUAGUGCCUUCGAAGCACUGACUGAAACAUUCUGGGAGACAACAAAAUGGACGGACGUGACUGAUACCAAGGUUUUACCGUUUGCCUAUAAGCAUGCACUAGUAAAUAAAAUGUAUGGUAGAGGCCUCAAAUUUGCAACAAAACUUGCAGAGGAGAAACCUACCAAAGAAAACUUGAAGAAUUCUAUACAGCUAAUGAAGUUCCUUGGCUGGACUCACUGUGCAUCUUUCACCGAAAACUGGCUUCCUGUUAUGUAUCCACCUGAUUAUUGUGUUUUUUGAAAUACCUGCCACUGUGUAUUUGAUCUGUUGUUAUAUUGACUGGAUAUAAAAAUGUGGUUUUACUGGAAUGCAUGUUUUCAAUCCAUUAUUGAAUGCUUAAAUUUUAUGUAUUAAUAAUCAGUGGAGGAGGGGUUGCAAUACAUGUGUGCUAGCUUGGCUCCUGAUAUCAGGGAGUCUUAUACUUCGGCAUUUAAUUUUCUUGGGUAGCCCAGCAUUACCCGGAAAUGAGAACAUAACGAGCAAACGUUGGCAUACAGCGCAUUGCUGGCAAUGGGUGCUUUGGGAUGGCCAUCAACCAGGAUAAGAAAAUGGAGGUGGGAAGCUUCUUGCAUGUGCAUGUGGUUCUUAACUGUUUGUAAUUUUAACCACAAGCCUGUACAAGCUGUUUUUUUUACAACAAGCAGGGUUUUAAUGUGUUUAAACAUAAGUUCUCAACUGUAUGAAGGCCUUAAAAAUGAAGCUACAUCACGAGUAGCUACAACCUUAUUUAUUAGAUUUAACAGUGAUGGAACUUAAUUACCAGUAUCACUUGCAACAGUUUACAUUUUGAAUUUUUUUUUUAAAUAGAACCUUCACUCUCACUGCAAGCGUAUUCUGAAUUGCUGGUGCAAAGGUGCUUUGAAUAUCUUCUUCUUGGAGAUAUUUUCACCAAUAUCCAUGUGAUACAAGAGUAUCAGGAUAAACUGAUACAUGUAUAAAGUGUCAGACACUUAACACUUAAUCAGGUAUUGUAAAAGUUAUACAUACAUGUUAAUAAUGUUUGGAAAAUGUAAAACUGCAGAAUAAAUGUGCAAAUUUCAAUAUCAAAACAUUUGAGCACUUGCGGUUUAAUUUUGUUAACAUAAUAAACAAUUAAUGAAGCUGA